UCCCGCCUCUUCCCCUGAGCCACAGCCGUCGCCACGCGGGGGGAGGAUGAGGGGGCGCCGCGGCGGGGCUGGUGCCGCAGCCGCGCUCUGCUGAUCGGGUCCAGCCGAAGGGGUGCCCGCCGCCUGCCCGCCGCCGGGGCUGAGGCCGCGGACGCCAUGGGCUGCUGCAGCUCCGCCGCGCAGAGCUCCAAGCGAGAGUGGAAGCCUCUGGAGGACCACAGCUGCACAGAUGUACCAUGGCUGCUCUUAUUCAUACUUUUCUGCGUAGGAAUGGGUUUUAUCUGUGGAUUCUCAAUAGCUACAGGAGCAGCUGCAAGACUGCUUUCAGGAUAUGACAGUUAUGGAAACAUUUGUGGACAGAAAAAUAUCAAGGUGGAGGGAAUAGAAAACAGUGGUCUGGACCUCAGAAACAAGAAGUAUGUGUUCUUUUUGGAUCCUUGCAACAUUGAUCUAGUACAUCAGAAGAUCAAAUCUCUUGCUUUAUGUGUAUCAGCUUGCCCAAGGAAAGAACUAAAAACUCUGGCUGAUAUUCAGAAAUUUGCAGAAACUAAUGGAUCUGCUCUGUGUAGCUAUGAACUAGAGCAAUCAAAAUACACUACAGACCCAAGGGCUGCCAAGCUGUGUCCUAAAUUUCCUGUUCCAGAGAGUGCACCUAUUCCAUUCUUCCAUCGCUGUGCUCCUGUGAACAUUUCCUGCUAUGCCAAGUUUGCAGAGGCCCUGAUCACCUUUGUCAGUGACAGUAGUGUCUUACACAGGCUGAUUAGUGGAGUUAUGACCAGCAAAGAGAUUAUAAUGGGACUUUGCUUGUUAUCACUAGUGUUGUCCAUGAUUUUGAUGGUUAUUAUAAGGUACAUUUCAAGAGUACUCGUCUGGAUUUUAACAAUUCUUGUCAUUCUGGGAUCACUCGGUGGUACAGGGGUCCUGUGGUGGCUUUAUGCUAAGCAACGAUUAUCUGCCAGUGCUGUUGAGACUCAAAUAGCCAAAGACAAUCUUCAGGCUCUACUGAUCUAUGCCAUUUCAGCUACAGUCUUCACGGUUAUCUUGUUCUUGAUAAUGUUAAUUAUGCGCAAACGAGUAGCUCUCACCAUUGCCUUGUUCCAUGUGGCUGGCAAGGUCUUCAUUCAUCUGCCGCUGCUAGUCUUCCAGCCAUUUUGGACAUUCUUUGUGCUUAUCCUGUUCUGGACAUACUGGAUCACGGUCCUGCUUUUCCUUGGUACUACAGGUAGUCCUGUCCCAAAUGAAGAAGGAUUUGUUGAAUUUCGGAUGGUAGGUCCUUUAAAAUACAUGUGGUGGUACCAUGUGGUGGGACUCAUCUGGAUCAGCGAGUUUAUCCUAGCCUGUCAGCAGAUGACAGUAGCAGGGGCUGUUGUGACAUACUAUUUUACAAGAGAGAAGAGGAAUCUGCCAUUUACUCCUAUUCUGGCAUCUGUUAAUCGUCUUGUUUGUUACCAUCUGGGAACAGUAGCAAAGGGGUCUUUCAUUAUUACACUAGUGAAGAUACCACGAAUGAUUCUAAUGUAUAUUCAUACACAACUCAAAGGAAAAGAAAAUGCUUGUGCUCGCUGUAUGCUUAAAGCCUGCAUCUGUUGCCUUUGGUGUCUAGAAAAGUGCCUGACCUACUUAAAUCAGAACGCAUAUACAGCCACAGCUAUCAACAGCACCAACUUCUGCACCUCAGCAAAGGAUGCCUUUGUUAUUCUAGUGGAAAAUGCUUUGCGAGUCGCUGCCAUAAACACAGUUGGGGAUUUUAUGCUGUUUCUAGGAAAGGUCCUGAUUGUCUGCUGUACAGGUUUGGCUGGGAUUAUGUUGCUGAACUACCAACGAGAUUACACCAUCUGGGUGCUGCCGCUAAUCAUUGUCUGCCUUUUUGCAUUCCUGGUUGCUCACUGCUUCCUUUCCAUUUAUGAAAUGGUUGUUGAUGUCCUUUUCUUAUGUUUUGCCAUCGAUACAAAAUACAACGAUGGGAGCCCUGGGAGGGAAUUCUACAUGGAUAAAGUUCUCAUGGAGUUUGUGGAGGAUAGUAGGAAAUGUAUGAAAGACGCUGGCCGGGGAGGAGCUGAGGGCAGAGAGCUAAAACCAAUGGCCUCUGGAGCAAGUUCAUCUUGAAACUAGCCAGCCAUAUUGGAACCCAUUGACAUUCCAAAACAGUAUAUAUAUAUACAUAUAUACAUACAUAUAUAUAUAUAUAUGAAAAUAAACAGCCAAAAUCAGAGAAAAGGAACAGGGAUUUAAUACUUUUUUUAACAAUUAUUUUUGUGAAACAUGUACUCUUUUCAUACGGGUGGCUUUUACAAGCAGCUUUAUCAUUGUUCCAUUUUUUAAAUUACUCAUUAUGGUCAUAGAAAUGUUGGUUCUUAUCUGCUUGCUAUUUUACAUCUGGAGGAGGUAUCGUUGUAAACAUAAUCUGAUGACUGAGUUUAGAGACAGAUUUCCCAUGAUACUGCUAAUCUGCUGAGCGUUUUACUUGUUUUGUUUAUUUACAUUUACAUACAAUACAUUCAAUUUCCAGUUACAUGUAAGGAAAACUUUCAAAUCAAGAAAAGUCUCAUAUUUAGUUUUUCAGAUGGUGGUUUCAGUGAGAAGUCAUUCAGUUUGAAAGGAUUUGUAAGUAGUCAUUUCACUUUACAGCCCUGUGAGGGCACAGUUUUGUUCAUCAAUAUCUGAUAUCACAAUAACCAACUCCUCAGGUAUUCAAGUGUGUGGAAGCCCUUGCAUCUCCUAUUAAACAGAAACUACAAAAUGGGGACAGAUAAUUUUUAUAUGCAAUUAACUUCCUUUCUUACCCUACUUAUCCCUCAUACUCAUUUCCCUCUACCUUCCCCUUGAGUUCAGUAGCCUUCUUCACAGUUCAGCAGUGUUCCUUUGAAGGGUAUGGAUUCUCCAUAUAAGCAAUUAAAAUAACACAUGGUUAAAGCUCAGUCUUAGCCAUAGUCAUGAUUAAUUCAUGACUAGAUAUAAAGAUGCUGAGAAUGGGAAGAGAAAUGAGCUGUUCUACUGUACAAACAAGUACUGCAUGCUUCAUUUAAUUUAAUGCCAGAGAGCUCUGGGAGGUGGAAGGGACGAUUCCUUGCCUGUUGCUUCAUCCAUAUUUGUAUGUACUGUAGUGGGUGGCUAAAACAGAAGAGGGCAGAGAAACAUUUCUUUGGAAGUGUAACUGCCAGGAUAGUUUCCUAAAGUUAUCAAAUGACAAGAGAACGUGCUUUUUUAUAACUAUUACUGGAUACAUAUAUUUCUUUUCAGUCUGGAAGCUCACCAGAUAUGAAUGCUAAUAUUCAGUUGUUCAGCGUAUUGUAAUGGUAAACGCUUAAAAGUGUAUUUGCUAAGAAUUCAUGAUCUGUCUAUGCUAUAUACUUUUGUUACAAUUUUUUUAAGAAGACUAUUUUUGUUAAUGUAAAGUUAAUAUUUCAGAGUAGAAUUUUUAAACUUAUUGCACUAAAUACAAGCUCUGUACAAAUAAAUAAUGCCUCAAUGUUUCAAUCACUCCAUUCAAGAAAAAAUUUUGAAAGAGAAAAGCCCUUCUAUAGAAGCUUUGUGAUGGAGUGGAGAGGUGUGUCUGAAUAGAGACAUGCACAUCUCAUGUUAUCAAGGUUUAAUAAGUAAGCAGUUAUCUGUGCUUCCUUUCAGAGGGUCAGACUUUUAAAUUGCUGCCGAAGGUUUAAAAAUACGUAGUAUCAUGUAGCUAACCAGUGCUCUUACCUUUUGGCAACAGUGAAAUAUUUCACUUCUGCUUCUAGAAGUCAUUUGAUAACUUAGAUUUGUUUAGUUUUCUUUUGGUAAGCCAAUUAAAAGGAUUUAUGCUUUUCAUACCACAGAGCUCAAACUCUAUGAAAGAUAUGAAAAUAAAAAUAUAUUUAGAAAUGAUAGCUGCUGGGGAGGCAGGGAGACAGAAUUAUCCAGUCCUGCAUGCACUUAGACAUCCAUUUAAGUGAACCAUAUUGGUGAUUUCACUGGCAUCAGGAGGGCUCUCUAAGUAGGGGAAUUGUAAGUUACACAUCAAUGUACGUGCUAACUGGAUUAAAAACUUCAACCUAGGGAUUCAAACUGGAGCACUGGUGAGGCCUCUCAGUACAAGUUGGAGGUCAGACUAUCUAGAAGCAGCACUGGAGGAGCCUUAAAUUCGUGGAGAGGAAGCAUUCCUGCUGCACCAGUGUCUUAAGAGAGUAGUGGCACUGAGCACCGUUAUUUGUGUAGAUCAGUGGGGUUUAGCAAUAGAAAUUUAAAAACUGGCUUAGAUGAGUCCUAGAAACUGGAUUCCAAGGCUGAGAUACUAAACACAUACCCAGUUGCUUCCAGAGAAACUAAUUUCCAUCUUGUUUGGAAGUUAUUGGAGGUGCUUUGACUGAAGCCUUGGAUUCUGCUCGUUGUGACAAAUUUCUGCUGUGACCACUUCCACAAGUUUGUGUUCUCUGCUCACUGGAAGUCCUGGGUGGGGGUCUUUCUCUGUAAUUGUAACUAGGACUGCAGUUGGAAACAGAUUUUGUAUUUUUGUAUGACUUGACUGUGCACCAUUUUUAUAGCAGUUUAUCCUGUUUUAAAAAUAAAUUUGGUUUAUUUACAUGGUGUUUAAAGAUACAGGCAAAAGUUUUAUACGGAUAGUUGUAAUGUUUAAGUGACAAAUCUAUAUCAUUGCAAAGUUCUUAAUAAAAUUUUGUGCACCAUUCUUGAGUGUAUAUCUGGCAUGCAGAGCUUUUCAGUCAUGCCAAAAAGGCAUUCCAUCCAAACGCAGGCUUUCCAGUGGCCCUUUAUAGCUUUUGAAUGUCCUUUGAAGUUCAUUUGCAAUCAAACUACAAGCUGCCCUCUUCUAGCUAUGUCUUGUGCUGGGAAAUAAGCAGAAGACUGAUGUCUGAAGAUACAACUUUUCAGGGCAAAUUUUAACUCUGCUUUCCUUCCCUACUGGGAAUAGUGGAGUGGGAGAACACUUGACAUGUAAAUCCCUAGUUGGCAAUAGUAGUGCUAGGGUCUGCCUCAUGUGAUGGAUUAAAUAAUUUUUUGCCAGCUGGUUAUUGAAGCCAGUAUGUGGACUGCUUUGUGAGACGCAGUCUGGACUAACUAGAGAGUGAUGCUGUACUGGUAAUAACACUGCAGGAGGAGCAGAUGAGACAGCUGAGGCAGAGAAAUCAUCUUGGAAAGCCCACUGAACCAAGUAGUGCUUGAGGACUGGAGACUGAGCCUGGACAAAUUGGGUUUAUAAACCAAUACAAUAGGAUUACUGGUUCCCAGCAUUUAGUUUCUGCAGACAGUCUGCAGUGUAGCCUCUGCUCGGCUAGAUUUCAAAGGUGGAAAAAAAAACCCAUGCCGUUAUUUGAAUUGUUUACUGUUUCUCUACGUUGUUGUAAACUCUUUUUUAUUUGGAAGUUCAGCAGGACCGUGUCAUCUUUAUUGUUUCUUCUAGCCCUAGGGAAUUUUUUUGUUCUUUGAGCUCUCAUUUCUGUGUGAGCUUAUUAGCACAUGCCCUCUCACCUUCCAAGGCAAUGAUUCAGGAUAUCACCUGGACUGAAUGGGAAGGGGAGUAGGAGCUGAGCUAAAGUUCUCAGCUGGGUUUUUUGUGUGAUACCACUCCAUCACUGUUUCAGUGCUGCUCCACAGCUAAACUAAAUAUAGGAUAGGGUAUGGCCAUCUUAGAAUUGCAUUUUCAGCCUUCCAUUAGCUUGUGUUCACGUUCCUAAUUGCCAAAACCAGAUGGAGUUUUAUGUGUGUCCUUAGCUUGACAUGGUAACCCAAGGACUUUCUGCAUUAGGAUAGCAUGUCCUAGAAGGGGAACUUCAAGUGGAAAACCCAAUUAUGCGUUGACACUGGAUUGGCACUGGCUGGCAGAUAAGCCCUUAACUCUGUUGCUUGCUCAAUCCUCUCAGCAGAAUGGGAGAGAGAAUUGGAAGCACAAAAGCAUUGAGAUAAAGACACUUCAUUAAAUAGAAGGGGAAAAAAGAAACUCAAGUGAUGCAAAGGCAUUCACUUACCACCUCCUGCCAGCAGACCAAUGCCCAUCCAGUCUCCAAGCAACAGCUACUUUGGAACCACACAGCCAACACUCCCACACACACAAGUUUUUUUGCUGAGCAUGACAUUGUAUGGUAUGGAUAUUUCUUCAGUCUGUUCAGGGCAGCUGUCCUGGCUGUGCCCUCCUGCACUCUUGCCUAACCCCAGCCGUCUCUGCUGGGGUGGCAGAGUGAGAAACAGAGAAGGCCUUGACCCUGUGCAAGCACUGCUCAGCAACGUGGUUGUGUUAUAAAUACUGUUUUGGUUGCAAAUCUGAAACGCAGCGCCAUAAGGGCUGCUGUAAAGAAAAUUAACUCCUUCCCAGUGUAAGGCAGUCCACAGGUCCACUUACUGAAGAGUUAAUCCAAGACUCACUUCCUGCAUUUCUGUACAGCACCUUCUCAGGGUGGUUACUUCUUUCUGAAAGGGCUUUUUUCGCAGCAGGCAAUUAGCCUGCUCCACAGUGCUCCUUUUCACGGAGGGAGCAGGGGAUGCUAGCUCUUUUUCUUUCAGCACAAAAAUGGGGAUAUAAAGCAAAAAUGAGCCCUUUCUGUAUCAGUGUUCUGGCAAUUUAGCAGCCAGUGUUGGAGACAAAAUACUUAUAUGUGCCUUCAGGGCAUGCACUUUAGUGGUUUGCUCUGAAUGGUUAUGGUGUAUUCUAUGAAUGUAUGUUAUAGAAUCAGAAUAAAAUGCAUGUAGCAGACAUAUACUCAUCAUUGUAAUCCAAUGAUCAUUUGUUUCUGAGUGCGUAUUACAUACUGUAUUGAACAUGGCACAGUCAUUU